AUGUCUCGUGCCACGAGAAGCAGUUCGGCCAAGGCUAUUGGAGACUCCCCAACGAAUUCUUCGAGCAAAAAAAGCGGUGUUGUGAGCUCCGACAGACGCCCCAAGGCCCCGCCUGUCACCCAUUUCGAACGUGCUGUGUUUCGCAAACUCAGAGAUCGAUACACCGACGAAGAACUUGCGACAGUUAUGCUUCGUCAUCCCAGCACAGCUCUCCGAGCAUACAAAAAUUGCAAUGACCUGAACCCCAAGGUGAAGGGACCAUUGCUUGACAAAGUGGAAGACGACGAGAAAGUUCUACGUGAUAAUUGGCAGGAAUUUCGACAAAUAGAGCAACAACUUGAGCUGCUUUACCCUAAAUCACAAUCCGACUCGGAAUCCGGGGACGAGUCCAACGUUGACCAGCUGUCAGACACCGAGGAUCAACUCAUGGACCAGUCCAGCGUCAACCAGGCGGAGCAGGAAACCGAAGAAGUGGGAAUGUCCCAGGACCGACCCAUCAAGAUUGAAAAAAUCUGA